AUGCCCCUCCCCCCUUCCCGCAGCGUUGGGGUGGGGGGAUCCGCGCGCGAGGAAGGGGGUGGGGGAGGGGCCGGGCCCCAGGGCACCGACCGCGGGGAGCCGAGGGGGAGGGGGAGAGGCCCGAGGCGCCGCCCGCCCCGCACUUACCGCCCACCGCCGGGGCUCACCGGCGGAGCGCAUCCCGUGGGCGCUGGACGAAGGAAGCAGGGACUCGCCACCGCCCCUCCGCUGUCGUCAUCACAGGGCGACACGCGCCGGAGAAAGACCCCGCGGGCCCGAGCCCCCCACGCCGAGGCUCACACUAGUGCUGGGAGCUGCGAAUGUAGCAAGCGGGCCGCUAACGAGCGCAGGUGGCUGGCUAGGUCACGUUCUUGUGACGUCACGGGGCCGCGUUUUCCCCGACGGGGUUCCUUCUCUGGUCGGCUUCGGCAUCUCCCUCUCCCAGGAGCGGCGGAGCUGCGCACGCGCGAUGCCCGCAGCGACCAGGGAGCUGGACAUGCCUCAGUCCCGCGGCGGCGCGAAUGUCCGUUGGAAGCACGUGCGGGGGUGGGAGUCUCAUCAUCCCCUUCCCCCAUCAAAAAAGCUGGGGUGGCUGUUGCCUGGUGUAGGGGCCAACAUCUGGACAGGGAAGAGGCUGCAGGACCCUGCAAGAGUGCUGCAGCAGGGUCACCACCACCUACCGCUGGAGCUGCCCAGAUGUGCCGAAUGCUCCAGGAGUGCACCAGGGACUGGUUCCUGCUCCAGCACCUGGUGGUAGUGGUUGAGAACUGGGUGGUAUGGGAGCUGGUGUGGCAGCAGGUGCAGGAGGAAUGGGAGCUGGCUUGGCAGGAUGAGGACAUUGCCAGGUGGAGGCACAGGAUUGAGUGCAGCAGGUGGAUUGGGCCCAGCUGGAGGCCCUGGAGUAGUGCCAUGUGGAGCUGUUCAAGUGUAAUGGGUCAGCCAGGGUCCCUGGGUGUUGCCUGCUUCCCCACAACAGACCACCACCUGGGCCUUGGAGGAAGGCCUUCUCUGCCUCCCACCUGCAGGAGCCCCUCGCAUUCACCACAGACCCUGGAUCCACAAGGAAACUGUCCAUGGCCAGGGUGCUAGUCACCUGCUGCUGCGCUCUGCACCCUUGGUACCUCCACUUCACAGCCCCCCACUCCAGGACUCAGACAAAGACUGAUACUGAUGUAUAUAGUUUUCAGUUUGGGAAGAGGGUUUUUUAUUGUCGGGUGGGGAAGGUGGUUGAAGUGCCCUGUGAGUUGGGGAGGGAGGAGAGAGGGGGCUCUGUUGGUUGAAAAUGAAUUCAAGAAAAUAAAGUAAUUUUCAUUGGCAAUCAGAGAGACAGUGGUAUAUGGUAUUUUGCAAAGACUAAGCAUUUGUUUUUUGCAUAGCUUCUUCUAUUGACUCUCCUGUAGGUAUGAUAAUAUUUUAGUUUCUAUCCAUACUAUAAACUCACUCCCAUAAAGAAUCCCAAAAGAAUAUACACUGGACAUCAGUGGUAGAGACCUUCAAAAUAGGCAAGGGGGAUUUAUCUGUAGAUCCUCCAUUAAAAUUCCAUCUGACUUGACACUGCUUUAAAGAUUUUAGCCAACAGGAUGUUUUAUGGGCAUUAGGCCAAAAUCCAGGUAUCAGUUAUCCUGAUGCAGUGUCACUGGAAUCGAUGGGGUUGCACCCUUCUACUGAAGAGCUUGUUCUGUUGGCUCAUAAAGGACCAAGAAAAAAGUGCACGGAACCACAGAGGCAAUAGGACAGUGGUGCUCAACCACUGUGGGCCAGAUCUGCCCACAGAGCUGUGUCAUCUGGCUUCUGGGGCUUCCAAUAGGUCUGGAAAUUUGAGUCUAGGCCAGAUAAUAUGGCCCUGUGCACUAGGUUGCACUGGCUUACAGCCAGAUCCAGCCACAUGGGUUCAGGCCAGUGCUAAGGAUAGCACCUGCAGAUGGAUCUCAUGUACCGACCCUGUGCAGGAGCCGACCCCAGACUUACCCUGGUCCACUCAUCUAGCCCACAGGGCUGGAAGGGCUUCACUGUGCUAGAGUAACCUUCAGUUAGACUAGGGAAACUGGAAUGGUAAUAAGAGGAAAUGCUAAUGUGGAUUGUGACUAAUGAGCGGUCAACCAGUGUUUUACCUCUGUAAUUGGGCUGAGGAUGUAAUAUAUGGGGUGAAAUGUGGGGCUAAAUGGUGAUGAACAGAGAUACGUUUUUACUCAGAAGAGUAAUAUUGAGUGGAACAACUUAUGAGUUAGUGUCUGAUGGAUCAUACUGUAGCAUGUCCCAGUCCAGCUAAAGCACUUAAAUUUGUGCAUAAUUUUAGGUAUGUGAGUUAUGGUAUUGACAUUAGCAGGCUCCUUAUAUGUUGGAGGCUACACUUCUGCAUAAGUGCUAUGCUGGAUCAGGACCUAGCAUCUUCCAGCAGAGUCAGAGCAACAUUUGUUUUGUGUUUUGUCUGUGUUACGUAACACUGACUACAGAGUGAAUAAGCGUUUCCUUUGUGGGUGUGAGCCAUUUUAUUCAGUGUUCAAAUUAUUCCCUUAUGAACUGUAUUUUAUCUUUUGAACUGAUUGGUGUCAAAAUUGUGAUGGUAUCAAGAUAUAUGUGAAGUGCUCAGGUUGCCCAGUAAUAUAUUGUGCCCUGCUGGUUUAUGUUGAUAGUGCACUGAUACAAUUUACAUCAGCUAUUCUUUUUUACCUUGAACUGUAAGGUACAGCAGCUGUUGAAUUUAUAUUUACAGCACUUUAACUAUUUAAGUUAUGCUCCUAACAAGCACGUGCAUAUUUAUGGAGUGAUGGUGCUGCUCGAGCUCAGUCUGAUUGAACUGUAACACAUUUUGAUCAUGCCAUAUCUAAUGGGGGAAAAAUGUUUUAACAAAAGCAGGGAUGAAAAAAAAAGAAAGAGGAAUGGAUCAGCUAUUGGGUGGGUGUUAGUUGCUGCAGUUCUGUUGAAAUAAAUGGAACUAAAUCAAUUUAAACCAGCUGAGAUUCUGGUAUCAAUAAACAGAUACUGUUGUGUGUUUUGUCAGGGGAACUUUUUUUUUCCUUACAGAUUAAAUAUAGUGCAAGUGUUUGCAUAAAAGUAUACAAGUCAUCCCAAUAAAGUUAGACAUGUGCUUAAGUACCUUGCUGAAUCAGGGUCCUGUUACAGCUGAAGCAUGAAAUGGAACCAUUAUUACUCUCAGAGGUGCAGGGGAAUGAGAGGGAGGUUGUUUGUCUGUUGUGGCUCUCUGUCCCUCGUAAAUGAUGUGAAAUCAGCAUUACUUACUUGGCAUGAAGUACAGACAUUAGAAAAAGAAAAGACCUUGCCAGUGUAGGAUUGUUCCCCAUGGCAUAUUUUCUAUUGCUUUGUCCAGUUCAGUUUCAAAUAACCCCAGCCAAUGUAAGUUGAGGCCAACUUGAGAGGCAACCUGGAUGUAUGCAGCCAAAAUAGCAACAGUAACUUUGAUUUCUUUGAAACUUAAAAAUGCUAAGUGAAUUGAGUCCUGGAGAAAGGUGCCAGAGCAACAGCCCUGUUCUCUACGGACAGAAGAGAGAAAAACCAACAGAGCAAAUGCUCCACUUAGCAUCUGGUUAUAAUUCUCUCGUAUGAACAGUAAGAAAGAUUGCCCAGCACUCUGAGGGACUUAGCAAGCCUAGUAUAAAUUCCCUGCUCUGCCACAGGGACUUCUUGUGUGACCUUCAGCAAGUUACUUAAGCUCAGCUCCCCAGAGGAUUUCCAUGCUGAACUCCCAUUGAUAUCACUGGGAAGUAGGUGCCUAAAUACCUCUAAGGAUCUGGACCUUAAUCUCUGUGCUUUCAUUUUGCAUCUGUAAAAGGGAGAGGAUCAAAUUUGUUCACAGGCCUGUUGCAGGAAUAAAUAUAUCACAGGUUGUGAGGUGCUCAAAUACUACGGUAGUAAGGGACAUAGAAGCAUUUGAUGUUGAGAAGCUGCUGUUUUAUGUAGGUACCACAUCCUGAAAGGUGUUUUUUACAAUAGCAGGCUCACCAGGGGAAAGCCCCAUUAAAGGAGAACCCUUUCCAAGUUGUGGUCUGUCUUUGUGCACUUUUGCCACUGACUCAGGCACAAUCACUCUCCUGACUGUCUUUUGUGACUGUUUCCCCAGGCCCUAUUGCACUUUUCCUUGAAAAUAAAAUCAUUCACUGUGAGCAAUGGCCUGAAAUCCACAUGCCAGAAGCUGGGUUUUAUCCACCCUGCUGGUCUAUGUAGCGUUUGCAGGGUUCUCCUUUAAUGCUUCACAAUCCUAGAUCAACUCAUGCUAUGCAGGAAACUUCAGCCCCAGCCAGUUUUGGGGCUGAAAUUUGCUGUUCCUUUUCCUACCAGAUGGUGACUCUGAGCCCUAGUUGACCUUCCAAGUACAGGCAGAGGUCUCAAAAGCAGAAAAUAGCAAGCUGCAGUUUCUCCUUAGCAACACACUGUAAAUAGCUUCAGCAGGAGUUCUUGGCAUCAGGGAGAGGCAGUAUAUCGGAACACGGAGAAGCAAAGCGUAAAAGGCACUUCAUACAGGAAACUACGGGCAGUUUGCUCUGAGCGAGCAAAUGGAGCACUCCCUUUCUCUGCCUGUCUCUGAGGCGCACUUUUUAGACAGGGGUUAAACUAAAAGGAAUUAGAGACCUCCGCUAAAGCAGAGGGGAGCUCUUCAGCAUCCUUCUGGAUUGGCAUAAGCAGGAUCCCUGCACAGCUGUCCCUCCUCUUGGACUGGUGUAGUGAGACUUGCCCAUUCUGUUUCAAUCUGUUUUAACUGCUGCUUCCAAAUCUGAAUGUUCUGGGAGCCCCCUCUCCCUCUCCCCCACCUGGUAAGCAGGAUGGUGGAUGCCAUGUAGGUGACACAACACACCUGUGCAGACAGGUGUCCAGCAAAACAAGGCAUGCUCUGCUUUCCAGGGCCAGUGCUGAAGACUAGCACCCUGAGGAGCUGUAGUGUCUACAUCUUACGAUUUAUACAUCUCUUUUGUGUCUUACUGCAUGUUAAUAUUCUCUUAGAAGGCAAAGGCAGAAUAGGUGUGGGCAGAGGUAACAGAGGUAGGUACUGGGUAUCUGGAUGUGGUCAGAUUUAUCUGUUAUUUCUCUUGGGAGUGUUAUCUGAGAGACAGUGCUCUCCAAGCACUCUCAGCGUGAGAGAGUUGCUUUGGAACAGCCCAAAUAUCAUACGCCAUUGAGAUUGAAGCAAGUUUGGUCAUUGCAUCGGUGAGGGCAGGAUUAGAUUCCUUGCUUGGAGUUUCAACAGCAAGGGCUACAUGUUACUGAAGAUAAAGCCCUCAGUACAUGAGCACUGGUGAAAGGAAGAGGGUUUAACUCAUGGAAGUCUAGUUAAUUAGUGUUCGGGUUAAGUUGGAGUUUAGUGCUCAUCUGUUUUGUUUACAUGUUUUCUGCUAUAAUGGUUCUGUUCUUCUCUUUUCAGAUACUGGUGUA